GGAACAGCAAGAUUGCUACAGCGUAUUAGUAAUAUAUUAAUUACUAGCCUAUUAAAAAGGAACGGAGGGAGUAUAUAAAUGCCCUGGGAUUAAACACUAAUCUGCAAUUCAGACAUCCAGUAUUUUCCAGUGCAUAUCAUGUCGUGUUUGAUGAUGAAGAAAUCUUUCCACAUUUUUUAUGAUCAAGCAACUUCGAUUUUCACUCUUCUACUAGCUUUUCUAGUGACAUUUUCAACUAUUAUCAUCUACUAUGUACAGAAGAAGAGGGACUUGAAGCACAAUGUAACCUCAUCGUCAAGUAGUGCAAUUACCACGACUCCUUUAUUACCAGAAGCAUCGGGUUCAUGGCCAGUGAUCGGACAUCUUCUUCUUUUCAUGGGAGAACAUCAAUUAACUCAUGUAACUCUUGGUAAUAUGGCCGACAAAUAUGGACCUAUUUUUAGUGUACGACUCGGUAGUCACAGAACUCUAGUUGUUAGUAGCUGGGAUAUGGUAAAAGAGUGUUUUACAGGUAUGACCGACAAGUUGUUCUCGAAUCGUCCUGUCUCUUUAGCGACUAAAAUUAUGAUGUAUGACACUGAAUCUUAUGUUUUUGCACCUUAUGGAAAAUAUUGGAGAGAGUUGCGAAAGAUAUCUACACAUAGACUCCUUUCUCAUCAGCAAUUAGAAAAGUCGAAAUAUAUGCGAGUUUCUGAAGUUGAUAACGCCUUUAAAAAGCUUCAUGAGUCAUGCAGCAACAACAAACAGGGAGGUGACACUGCUUCUGCAACUACUCUUGUGAGAAUGGAUGAUUGGUUAGCAUACUUGACUUUUAACGUAGUAGGGAGGAUCGUCGGCGGAUUCCAAUCAAAUGCGGUGACCACAGGUACCACAAGCAGCCAGGAAAAGUUCAAGCUUGCAUUAACAAAAUAGGUAGAAAGAAGGAUCGAAACCCUGUUGUUCCAUCUUCUUCUUCUUCCCAUUAACAACACAGCAAGAAGUGUGGCAAGCACGAAGAAAUUGGAGUCCUAUGCCAAGCACCUUACUUCAUUUAUUUGAAGCUUGGUCUUCCAAUGUGUUGCGUGGUAAAGGAAGAGAAGUGUGGCAAAUACUUCAUUAUGCGAUUUGCUGGGCCUUGUGGAAGGAAUAGAAUGGAAGAGUUUUUGGAGGUAGGCAUAAGUGUGUACAAGAAGUUAUUGACUUGAUUAAGCAAUUGAUAGUCUUAUGGUCUUGUGAUAAGGAUACCUUCAAGUUUGUCGAUCCUAGCUUAAUUUGGAGUAGUUGGAAAACUUUAAUGUGUAUGUAAUUACCACUGUAUUGUCCUUGGUUUUAAACCUUGGUUCAAUUUUUUCUUUUUAAUAUAACUUUCCCUUUCGGAAAAAAA